CCGCUCGGGUGCCGGCACCGUGAGGCCACAGCACCCUGGGUGGGUCAGGCGUCGGGGAGCGGUGCUGGGUGGGUGUCCCGCUGUCCCCAUGGAGCUAUGAGGAAUGGGUGCUCCCAUGCAUCACCGCCACACCGUCUGCCCCGUGCCUGCCUUUGCUGCGGGCUUAGGGGACUCUUCUCCCUAUGGCUUGCCCCAAAAACCCAGACCUCCUUGAUGCUCCUUAUUGGGAGCCAUGGGCACCACCUCUUUCUGCCUUCUUGACCCCCACACCAAGUUGUGUCCCACCCUGCUCCCUCUCUUAACUCUCCAUCCACCCUUUCCUGCCCGGACCUCCAUCUCCCUCCCUAAAUCUCUCCCCUCCCCAUACUGUCCCCAUCCCCAAGGAUGUCCCUCAGACAUCCUUCUUCAUUCCCACAACAGUCCCCCUUACCUCUGCCGCCUUCCCCCUCCAGCACCCCGUUGCUGUGGGGCACCAGCCCUCUCGGGUUCACGUCCCCUUUAAGCCUCCCCGAUGCUGGAAUGCAAGAGGAGCAUUUCAGCGCCCUGUGAGGUCAGAUAAAGACACUAUAUUUAUCUAGCCGGUAACCUGAGCUGUGAAUUUCUGCCGUGGUGUUUUUAUGUGGCUCCACAGCCCUCUGGCUCGGCCCUCUCCAGCCAUUGUGUCCUCUCGGUGCAGGGUGCAGGAGCUGAGCCGCGGGGUGACCGGUCCCCUGCUAAGGGUUGGGGUGCUGCCGGCCCCUCUGCAUCACUCACUCUCAUCCCGCCCCAAGGGAGAUGCCCCGAGGAGGCAGGAUCGGGUCCCCUCGCUCAGCCCCAUGACCAGCCGCCUGCCUCCCGCCACGCCGGCCUCGUGCCCCUGACCAGCCACCAGCCGCCAGCACCACCGACCCACACGCAGUCAAUGACACCAGGAGAGCCUGCAGAACGCCAGCCUCCAUCAUGUCCCAGCUCUCCUCCACCCUGAAGCGGUACGUUGACUCAUCCCGCUAUGCUGAGACCACCUACAGCAAGGUGCCCAGCGGCUACAGCUCCUACACCUCCUAUGGAUCCACCUUGUCCACAUCCUACGCAGGCAGUGACAAAAUCGGCUUCAAAAGCAGCUACCUGCCCUCCCCCCGCUACCACCAUAUGGGGCUGUCCCCAACCAGCGGCUAUGACAGCAACCGGCUGCCCCUGUACCCCGACUCCAGCAUCCGUCUGAGCUCCACGUACAUCCGCACCCAGCCCCGGCCACCGGGCGCUGGGCUGAACGGGGGUGCCUGCUACGCCUUCACGGGAGCCCCCAGCAGUCCCCCAGGCUACCUGCCCCCCCCAGCAUCUCUCAGCCGUCGCAAAUCCAUCAGCCACUCAGACCUGGCACGGGAGUUCUCUGGGCUGCACGCCUCGGACAGUGCCUAUGCAAACACCAGCGCGCAGGGACAGCAAGAACUCAGCGCCCUGCAAGGUCUCUACCAGGCUGCUGCGCGCUCCGACUACGUCCGCAACUACGUGGAGAGCUACGGGAGGAAGAACGGCCCCAGCAGCUUCCCCAUGGGCCCCCUCAGCCCCUCACAGACCCUGCCACCCUCAGGCACCCGCGGCACCACUCAGUCCUGCGAGAGGAGUGAUGAUGGGUACUGCGACGUGUCCCCACGGAACACCGUGAGCUCCAAGGUGGUGCAGGGGCUGACUGGCCUGCGAAACCUGGGCAAUACGUGCUUCAUGAACUCCAUCCUGCAGUGCCUGAGCAACACCAAGGAGCUGCGGGAUUACUGCCUGCAGAACCAGUACCUGCGGGACCUCAACAACAACAGCCGCAUGCGCACCGCGCUCAUGUCAGAGUUUGCAAAGCUGCUUCAGCUGCUCUGGACCUCGUCCCCCAACGAGAGCGUGAGCCCCUCCGAGUUCAAGAUCCAGAUCCAGAGAUAUGCCCCCCGCUUUGUCGGCUACAACCAGCAGGACGCACAGGAGUUCCUGCGGUUCCUCCUUGAUGGACUGCACAGCGAGGUGAACCGUGUGCUGGUGCGGCCACGGGCAAGCACGGACACCCUGGACCACCUCCCUGAUGAUGAGAAGAGCCGCCAGAUGUGGAGGAGGUACCAGGAGAGGGAGGACAGCCGCAUCAGCGACCUCUUCGUUGGGCAGCUGAAGAGUUCACUGACGUGCAGCGAGUGCGGCUACUGCUCCACAGCCUUCGAUCCCUUCUGGGACCUAUCCCUGCCCAUCCCCAAGAAAAGCUACGGGGAGGUGACCCUCAUGGACUGCCUACGGCUCUUCACCAAAGAGGAUGUGCUGGAUGGGGAUGAGAAACCGACGUGUUGUCGCUGCAAAGCCAGGACAAGGUGCACAAAGAAAUUCAGCAUCCAGAAGUUCCCCAAGAUCCUGGUGCUCCACCUGAAGCGCUUCUCAGAGGCCAGAAUACGAACCAGCAAGCUCACAACCUUCAUCAACUUCCAGCUGAAGGACCUGGACCUCCGGGAGUUCGCCUCGCAGAGCUGCAACCACGCCGUUUACAACCUCUAUGCCGUCUCCAACCACUCGGGCACCACCAUGGGGGGACACUACACUGCCUAUUGCAAGAGCCCCAUCUCCAGCGAGUGGCACAGUUUCAAUGACUCACGUGUUACCCCGAUGUCAUCCAGCCACAUCCGCAGCAGCGAUGCCUACCUGCUCUUCUACGAACUGGCCAGCCCGUCCUCCCGCAUGUAGCCAGCCCUGCCUCCCUGGGGACCCCCUGCGACACCCCUCACAACCGGCCCCACAAGUGCAGGAGGAGGUGAAGAGGAGGGACCCCGAGGUGGCUGCAGUGGGAGGCUGAAGGCAGGCAAGGAGCAGACCCCGAGCAAGGAACACCCCAGCUCCAACCUGAGGAAGGCAGCGGCGGCAGGGCAGGGCCCAGGCAGCUCAGGCACCUUCUGGUCGCUGGCAUUUGUUUUUUACCUUGGGGUACGUUUUAGUUUCUUUCUUCUUUUCUUUUUGGUUGGUGUGUAAUAAAGAUACUGAGCAAGGGACAUUGCGGGCAUGGGGCUGCCGGCCCCAUUGACUCAGCCAGGACCUCUGCUCCCCUUGGGGGAGCACCCACAGCUGGGGACUCAGGAGAGCCUCCCGCAUCCCUCCUGGCCUCUUCGGCACUCCCAUUCUGCUUGGCCAUCCCAGAGGAUUUGUGAACUGCUCCCGGCCUCCUCCCAGCACUUCCGAACCUCUUGGCAAAGGACCCAAGCCCUUCAGUGGCCUCCGUCCCAUCUCAGGCAGCAUGUCCCCACCAGCUGCCCCAUGCACACUCCUCAAAAGCAAGACUCACGGACAGGAAGGAGGAAAACGUUUUGUGGAAUUUCUAUGUAUUUAUAGUGGACUUCGCUCAACCUGGAGCACCCCGCUGCUUCCUGGCUCUCCAGGGACUUGUGCCGGGGGAUGCUUCAGGUAGGUUUUUACCUGCAUCCUCAUACGACGGUGCCUUAAACCCUUUGGGGGAGCGGGAGGCCAUUGGGGUUGCACAGGAACAUCCGUCCUGUGGAGGAGAGGGAGGGAAGGACAGUGGCUUUCCGGGACCAUCUGCAAUUGGGGCUUUCUUGUCCCUGCAAUCAGGAGCCCCCCUGGGUGCCCGGGGAUGCGCGUCCCCUCCUGCCCUGCUGCUCUGUCCUCCAGCUAGCAAACGCCAGUGGCCUUUUAAGCCUUUAAUUUAUUCUCCUCCCCAUCCUGCCUUGCCUGAGGUGCAGCUGGAGGAGAGACGGGCCUGACCCAGCACAAUCCCAGCCCCAGCCCGCAAGGCAGCUACAUCCAACCCAGCAACCCAUUCUACUUUGCCCUCACUGGCGCUGCGGGCACACACUGAGCACUCUGGUGCCAUGAGCAUCCCACCCAGCCCGGGGCAUCCCAGUGGGGCUGGGAUGGAGGGGAGGGCAGGCAGGAUGGAGGGGCUGCCCGCGGCAGGUACCGGACUGGGGCAGCGUUGCUGCUUGGCAGGUGGCUUGUUUACUGUGUAAGCAAGAUGGGAGGGAAGUGUCUCAUACAAGGGAGACUCGUGCAGGAAUAAAUUUUAGCUUGAACA